UGCGUAUUAUUUAUAAGUGCCGCUGGUGUACAACGCUCGAUGGCAGAUCAGUGGGGAAGCCCAUUUUCUCACUGCCCCGUCACCACUUUCCUACGUCCCACUCCAGGGCUCACUUCUCACAGACAAAAUGGAUUUUCUCCAAAGAACAGAAAAUGUAAUUCACAGUCUCUUUUAACACUUGAUUUCUGAGUUUUUGGUGUACCCACUUUAUAAUGAAAUCUGCCAUCGGUAUCUGGGACCAGACACGGACAUCAAGUCGAUUCUCCUCAGAGCUGAUGUAUGGCUAAUGAGGGUGGAUUUUGUGUUUGAAUUCCCAAGACCCACCAUGCCAAACAUUGUGUACAUCGGAGGCUUCCAGUGUAAACCAGCACGGUCUCUGGCAGCAGAGUUUGAGGAGUUUGUCCAAAGCUCAGGGAAACAUGGACUUGUUGUAAUGUCAUUGGGGACCUUUGUCCACUCUUUACCAAUGGAGAUUACAAUGAAAAUAGCAGAAGUUUUAUCUCAAAUCCCCCAGAAGGUUAUCUGGAGAUAUGAUGGUGAGACCCCUCCCAAUAUAGGGAAUAAUACACUGCUGGCAAAAUGGAUCCCUCAGAACGACCUGCUGGCUCACCCCAACACACGAGCCUUUGUUUCACACGGAGGCACCAAUGGGAUUUAUGAAGCCAUCUACCAUGGGGUGCCAGUGAUCGGCAUGCCUCUGCUUUUUGAUCAGUUUGACAAUUUAAUUCGACUCGAAUCCCGAGGAGCAGCAAAAGUGAUCAACUUUGCAACCAUGCACUCCACAGAUCUGUUGCAGGCACUCAACGAGGUGAUAAACGGCGCAUCUUAUGGUGACAACAUGAAGAGACUCUCCGCUCUCCAUCGGGACCAGCCAGAGUCGCCAAUGGAGAGAGCCGUUUUCUGGGUUGUGUACGUUGCCCGACACAAAGGAGCGGGGCAUUUGCGCUCAGAAUCCCACCGACUCCCCUGGUACGCUUACUAUUGUGUAGAUGUGAUGAUCUUUCUGUUGUCUGUGUUACUCCUGCUCACUGUGCUCAAAGAAACGUUGUCGUAUUGCUCGGAGGAAAAAACAAAAAAUUCAUUAAGGUUUAUCCUUUAG